UGUUUGGUGUUGGACAACUUGUUGUAUACUAAAAUCGCUGUCAAAAUUAUAAGUAUUAGUUUUUUUGCAAGUAAAAUGACAAGUUGCAAUAUUACUAUUAGGCAUUAGCCACAAAUGUAUGGAGACAAAUAUUAUUAUGUCCAAAAAAGUCCCUAACAAAGGAUUCUUUCAACAAACCAAAACCUUAAGGCCAAAACCAAAGGAGAAUGCAAAGCGGAAAAGGUUCACUUGUUCAUUUGCACAACAAAGACAUCAUUUUGUUCAAUUCUCAUUUUAGAGGUAAUUAAAACAGAUACGAAAAUUUGAUAUUUAUCUGAUUCUAUAACUGAAUUCAUAUUGAUCCGAAUUUAAAAAUUUUUACAAAUUAUGUGACUCGAUUAUUAAUUGAUUCCAAACAUCUAAUUUGAAUCAAUCUAAUUAGUCGAACGAAUACCACUCUACACAGUACACAACUUCCUUUUUGUUUCUAGGGAAUUUUCAACUUUAAUUUUUUCAAUUUUCAAUUUUCAAUUUUGUACUCUUAUAAACAAUUUUUGCCCAACCAUUGAAACAUUAUCACUCGCCUUCUCCCUUUACCCUCUACAGAAAAAAAAAAAGGUCUGUAAUUUUAGUCCAACUAAUUCCAAUAAAAAAAUUUAUCAAAAAAGAAAAAAAAUUUCCUCUCAGAACGUCUCUUUUUUGAAAGUAUCAAUAUCAUCAACUACAGUACUUUUCUCUAUCUCUGCAUUAAAGAUUUUGCUUAAUACAUAUGGAGUUUGUUUGAUUGAGAUUAUGAGAUUCUUGAAAACUGUAUGCCAUGGCACCUGGACAAUGUAGAAGUUGAUGUUGUGGGUUACUGGAAUGUGGAUAGCUAAUUAGGUGUAUUAGAAGUAGAUAAAGGAAUGCAAAUGGAUUUGUGGGUUGUGGCAGCUGCAACUGGUGCUGGAUACUUGGCUAAGUAUUGGAAGAAUGUUUUAGGGGAUAAAGAAGGUUCAUCAGGAACUCCUUCUAGAAGUUCUUUUCCUGAUAAUACUGCCCCGUCGAUGAAUCAACAGACUGGUGAUAGGACUAGACCAAGCCACAUAUUCUCUCAAAUCGAUUCAGCUCAACAAUAUUUUAGUGAGGCUGGAAAGGGUGAUCAUUCAAAUGAAAUAUUUAGGAGGGAUGAUCCCUUUGCUAUAGAUAUGGCUUCUUCAAAUGCAAUCGAUCAUGAGAAACGAGUUGAGAAGUGUGAGGAGUGUUGGAAUGUGUCUAGAUUAGGUGCCGACAUUCCUGAUAUACCUGAAUAUUCCUCUUCAGAAAUGGGGUUUUCACAUAGUUUCGGAAGUAGGAAAUGCUUGAGAACUAGAUGUCUCCAACGCCUUCCUUUGCAAUUUAUUAAACCCCGGACUUCUCUAGACAGUUGCCUUUUGGCUCAGAUGCAAAGGCAAAGAGAAUAUGCAGAAAUGGAAGAGCAUAUUCGUACUCCCCUACCUUCACCUUGUACUCCUGCGUUAAGGCCAUUUGUUAUCACUGAUGGAAUUCGAGUAAUUAGUAGAGCAUCUGGGGAUUUCAGAAAUGAACUGUACAAGGAAGUACACCCGAGAUCAGAUGAUGAAGUAGUUGGGGUUUCUCAUCUGCCACAAAUCAUCACUACUAAGAGCUCAACGCAAAAGCUCAACAGAGGCAAAACUCGAAUGGGAACGUCAAGUAAUGCAAUGAAAUCAAGUCAAUUUGAUAAAAGUGAUGGAUCCUUGAGUCAAGUCCUUUUCUGCCUUGGGAUAUCCAUCGGUGUCAUGGCUUCCCUAUUAUCUAACAAAGUGGAAGUGGAAAAGUUGAAGGACCGUUUGAAGCAAAGUGAAAAUCUGGUUGAAGAUCUUCAGGAAGAAUUGGAGAUGAAAGAUUCAUUAACCGUCAGAGAGCUUGUUAACGAUGAUGACUCACAGGAUAUACAUGAACUUUCAUUUACUCAUGAGAAAAUGAGUUCAUUCUCCAACCAAGCAGAUAUGGGUGUGCCAAUAAGAUAUGCCAAUGAAGAAUCAGCAAAUUUGGAGAAAAUUGAGUCGAUGAGUAAAAUCGAAGCAGAGCUUGAAGCAGAACUAGAAAGGUUGGAGCUAAGCAUGAAAGGAUCAGCUUUGAAAGGAAGAAACUCAGAUGCUUUUGAGUUACACCAGGAACUUGAUCAGGAUAUCGGCGAAGAACUGGUGCAUGGUGAACUAAAUGCCGAUAUAUUCAGAGGAAAAUCUAGCUCAGAACCUACUCCUCGAUCCAUGAAAGAUGGUGUGUCCCCUCGUGAGCUGAGCUUGCGCUUGCAUGAAGUCAUUCAAUCAAGAUUGCAAGAUCGAAUUUGUGAGCUUGAGGCAGAUCUUGCAAAAUGCCAGAAAAGGAUACAACACUUGGAACUAGAGAAGAACAUUUGGAGAGAUGCAUCUCAAAGUGAAUCCUCCUCCUUGGGCAGCCCUGUGGCACGACCUCUCGUAAUGAAUCUGUCUGGGGAUGCACUUGAUGCGUAUAACGAAGCAUACGAUGAACUUACCCAGCUAAAUGGAUCCCGAAAUGGGGACUCUUGGAAUCACGGUGGCAACCAGCAAGACGAUAGUGUACUCUCGUCUAAUAAGGAUAUAGUUGGCGAGCUAAAUGGCAUGCAAAAUGGUGGAAGUAAAACAUUGCCAAAUGAAAGCAGCCCAAAUGAUGAUGAUUGUGGAGAUGAUGGUGAUUAUGAUAUGUUAUUGAUCAAGCAGAUUGUUGAGAAAGCUAGGCAAGGCUCUCCAGCUAUUUUAAAGGCACAAAAAGCUAUGUAUGGCUAAAUACCGUUAAUGAUUAGAAUCAUCAUCAUCAACCCAGUAUUCUGCACUAAUGAUAAUUAGAAUGAGAAAUAUAAUUCUUUUGGUACAUUGUAUAAAAGGAUCACACUUAUUUCUUGUAGAGUAGUAGAUUUUUUGGACACUUUGCUUUUGAUUACUACAAACCGAUGAACUAAGAAGAUUACGAUCCAAAUAUAAACAUUGUGACUCGAUUCUAACUGUAUAUUUUGUGGUAUUUUAAUGAAAAUAGUUUAUAUUUUUAUUGCGUAAAAAUUAAAAACAAUUCUCGUGCACCAUGAAGAGUU